UUUUUCACUGGAAUAAAAUUCCAUUUCAUAAAAUCCCCUAAAAAAAAAUCAGACCUGCGUUCUAACCCCCUUUCUCCUCAGAUCUCUCUCCCUUUGUUCGCUUUUGCGGGUCCAAGGGUUUCGGUGCUGCUAGAUCUCUCUCAGCGAUUCGAAUCCCUCUCCGGGUUCGAACGCUCUCUCUCUCUCUCUCUCUCUCUCUCCGCGGUGGACUCACACUUCACGGCUGCAUCGCAUCCGUAGAUCCAAGCCGCCGAUUCCGAGCCGUCGAUCUGCUCCGCAGCCAUGGCGGCCGCGAACGCUCCGAUCACCAUGAAGGAGGCCCUAACGCUUCCGAGCGUUGGGAUUAAUCCGCAAUUCAUAACGUUUACACAUGUUACUAUGGAAUCCGAUAAGUACAUAUGCGUUCGGGAGACUUCGCCUCAGAACAGUAUUGUUAUUAUCGAUAUGAGUAUGCCGAUGCAACCUCUGAGGAGGCCUAUCACUGCGGACUCUGCGCUUAUGAAUCCGAAUUCCAAAAUUCUUGCCUUGAAAGCUGGAGUCCAAGGUACUACUCAGGAUCACCUUCAAAUAUUUAACAUCGAGAUGAAAGCAAAACUGAAAUCACAUCUUAUGCCGGAGCAGAUUGUUUUCUGGAAGUGGAUAACCCCAAAGAUGUUAGGUUUAGUCACUCAGACUACAGUAUACCACUGGUCAAUUGAAGGUGAAUCUGAACCUGUAAAGGUGUUUGAGCGAACAGCUAAUCUGGCUAACAAUCAGAUUAUAAAUUACCGCUGUGAUCCUUCCGAGAAGUGGUUGGUUUUGAUUGGAAUUGCUCCUGGUGCACCAGAGAGGCCACAAUUGGUGAAAGGAAAUUUGCAACUCUUCUCUGUGGAUCAGCAGCGCAGUCAAGCUCUUGAAGCACAUGCUGCAUCAUUUGCCCAAUACAAGGUUCCAGGGAAUGAGAAUCCUUCAACUCUUAUUUCUUUUGCCACUAAGACCCUCAAUGCUGGACAGAUUACAUCAAAGUUGCAUGUUAUUGAGCUCGGUGCCCAGCCAGGGAAACCAUCUUUUACGAAGAAACAAGCAGAUCUUUUCUUUCCUCCAGAUUUUAAUGAUGAUUUCCCAGUCGCCAUGCAGAUGUCUCACAAGUACAGCUUGAUUUAUGUAAUUACAAAGCUUGGGCUACUAUUUGUGUAUGAUUUAGAGACAGCUAGUGCCGUUUACAGAAAUAGAAUUAGUCCGGAUCCAAUUUUCUUGACAACGGAGGCUUCAUCUGUUGGAGGGUUUUAUGCGGUUAAUAGGCGGGGCCAGGUGUUGUUGGCUACAAUUAAUGAGCAAACAAUUGUGCCUUUUGUCAGCGGCCAGCUAAACAAUUUGGAGCUUGCUGUCAAUCUGGCUAAAAGAGGAAAUCUUCCAGGUGCUGAGAAUCUGGUUGUCCAGCGUUUUCAAGAACUGUUUGCCCAAACAAAGUACAAAGAAGCUGCUGAGCUUGCUGCGGAGUCCCCACAAGGAAUUCUCCGCACACCUGAUACUGUUGCUAAAUUUCAGAGUGUUCCUGUCCAAGCUGGGCAAACACCACCUUUGUUGCAGUACUUUGGGACACUCUUGACAAGAGGGAAGCUCAAUGCAUUUGAAUCAUUGGAAUUGUCACGUCUUGUAGUGAACCAGAAUAAGAAGAACCUUUUGGAGAACUGGUUGGCCGAGGACAAACUCGAAUGCAGUGAGGAACUGGGAGAUCUUGUGAAGACUGUGGAUAAUGAUCUGGCUUUGAAAAUAUAUAUUAAAGCCAGAGCAACUCCCAAAGUUGUUGCAGCUUUUGCUGAGCGAAGGGAGUUUGACAAAAUACUGAUCUACUCAAAGCAGGUUGGCUACACACCUGACUAUCUGUUCCUUUUGCAAACAAUUCUUCGAGCAGAUCCUCAGGGUGCUGUUAAUUUUGCAUUAAUGAUGUCUCAAAUGGAAGGUGGUUGUCCAGUUGAUUACAACACUAUAACAGAUCUCUUCCUUCAGAGGAACCUUAUUCGUGAGGCAACCGCCUUUCUAUUGGAUGUUUUAAAGCCAAAUCUUCCAGAGCAUGCAUUCCUGCAAACAAAGGUCCUUGAAAUCAAUUUAGUGACCUUUCCUAAUGUGGCUGAUGCUAUUUUAGCCAAUGGAAUGUUCAGUCAUUAUGACCGUCCUCGUAUUGCCCAGCUAUGCGAAAAAGCUGGUCUUUAUGUGCGAGCUUUGCAAGUAAGAUGUGUUGCAAAUUCCUUUUCUUUUAAUUGUCCUCUAUUUCUAAUAGUAACAUUUGUGCUAAACAUUUUGCUUCUGUUGCAGCAUUACUCAGAGUUGCCUGAUAUUAAACGUGUCAUAGUGAAUACACAUGCAAUAGAGCCACAGUCACUUGUGGAGUUUUUUGGCACUCUGUCGAAAGAAUGGGCAUUGGAGUGCAUGAAAGAUCUUUUAUUGGUCAACUUAAGAGGAAACCUUCAGAUCAUUGUGCAGGUUGCUAAGGAAUAUUCUGAGCAGUUGGGUGUUGAUCAAUGCAUGAAGCUCUUUGAACAGUUCAAGUCAUAUGAAGGGUUGUACUUCUUCCUUGGUUCGUUUUUGAGCUCAAGUGAGGAUCCUGAUAUCCACUUCAAGUACAUUGAGGCAGCUGCUAAAACUGGACAAAUCAAGGAGGUGGAGCGAGUUACAAGAGAAUCAAACUUCUAUGAUGCUGAGAAGACAAAGAACUUCUUAAUGGAAGCUAAGCUCCCCGAUGCGCGUCCAUUAAUUAAUGUUUGCGAUCGUUUUGGAUUUGUUCCAGAUCUCACCCACUACUUGUACACGAACAAUAUGCUUCGUUACAUUGAAGGUUACGUUCAAAAGGUGAACCCUGGGAAUGCUCCAUUAGUUGUGGGACAGUUGUUAGAUGAUGAGUGCCCUGAAGAUUUUAUCAAAGGCUUGAUUCUUUCUGUUCGUUCAUUGCUUCCAGUGGAGCCCCUUGUGGAGGAAUGUGAGAAGAGGAAUCGCCUUCGUUUACUCACACAGUUCUUGGAGCAUCUUGUGAGUGAGGGAAGCCAAGAUGUACAUGUGCACAAUGCUUUGGGUAAAAUCAUCAUUGAUAGUGGCAAUAAUCCAGAGCACUUCCUUACCACAAACCCAUAUUAUGAUUCACGUGUUGUUGGUAAAUAUUGUGAGAAACGUGAUCCUACCCUAGCUGUUGUUGCUUACCGCCGUGGACAAUGUGACGAUGAACUUAUUAAUGUCACAAAUAAGAACUCAUUGUUCAAAUUGCAAGCAAGGUAUGUGGUUGAGAGGAUGGAUGAAGAUCUUUGGGGGAAAGUUCUUGACCCUGAGAAUGAGUACAGAAGACAGCUUAUUGAUCAAGUUGUUUCUACUGCCUUGCCCGAGAGCAAGAGCCCGGAGCAAGUUUCUGCGUCUGUUAAGGCUUUCAUGACUGCUGAUUUGCCUCACGAAUUAAUUGAGCUUCUUGAAAAGAUUGUGCUUCAAAACUCUGCCUUCAGUGGAAACUUUAAUCUGCAAAACCUGCUAAUUUUGACAGCCAUCAAGGCAGAUCCGUCUAGAGUUAUGGAUUAUAUUAAUAGGCUAGAUAAUUUUGAUGGACCUGCAGUUGGGGAAGUAGCUGUGGAAGCUCAAUUGUAUGAGGAAGCAUUUGCAAUCUUCAAGAAGUUUAACUUGAAUGUCCAAGCUGUUAAUGUCUUGUUGGAUAACAUCCGAAGCAUUGAUAGGGCUGUGGAGUUUGCCUUCCGUGUGGAGGAAGAUGCUGUUUGGAGCCAGGUUGCAAAGGCUCAACUUCGGGAGGGUCUAGUGAGCGAUGCUAUUGAAUCAUUUAUCCGUGCGGAUGAUGCCACCCAAUUCUUGGAUGUUAUUCGUGCUUCUGAGGAUGCAGAUGUGUACCAUGACUUGGUGAAGUACCUUCUAAUGGUUAGGCAGAAGGUCAGAGAACCCAAGGUGGACAGUGAGCUCAUUUAUGCAUAUGCAAAGAUUGAUAGGCUUGCUGACAUCGAAGAAUUUAUUCUUAUGCCAAAUGUCGCUAAUCUCCAAAAUGUUGGUGAUCGCCUAUAUGAUGAGGCUCUCUAUGAAGCUGCAAAGAUAAUAUAUGCCUUCAUAUCUAACUGGGCCAAGUUGGCUGUCACACUUGUGAAGCUCAAACAAUUUCAAGGUGCUGUUGAUGCAGCACGAAAAGCUAACAGUUCAAAGACAUGGAAGGAGGUUUGCUUUGCUUGUGUUGAUGCUGAGGAGUUCCGCUUAGCUCAGAUUUGUGGUCUCAACAUCAUUAUACAGGUGGAUGAUUUGGAAGAGGUCAGUGAAUACUACCAGAAUAGAGGAUGCUUCAAUGAGCUUAUAUCUCUAAUGGAGAGUGGUCUUGGGUUAGAGCGUGCUCACAUGGGAAUCUUUACUGAGUUGGGGGUUCUAUAUGCUAGAUAUCGUCCAGAGAAACUUAUGGAGCACAUCAAAUUGUUCGCAAAUCGUCUAAAUAUCCCCAAGCUUAUAAGAGCAUGUGAUGAGCAGCAACAUUGGAAGGAGCUGACCUAUCUGUAUAUUCAAUAUGAUGAGUUUGAUAAUGCUGCAACUACCAUCAUGAAUCAUUCCCCUGAAGCCUGGGAUCACAUGCAGUUCAAAGAUGUGGCAGUUAAAGUUGCUAACGUGGAGCUAUAUUACAAGGCUGUGCACUUCUACUUGAAAGAGCACCCGGAUCUCAUUAACGAUCUUCUAAAUGUGCUCGCGCUUCGUGUAGAUCACACACGUGUUGUUGACAUCAUGCGGAAGGCUGGUCACCUGCUUCUUGUGAAGCCAUACAUGGUUGCAGUUCAGAGCAACAAUGUCUCUGCUGUGAACGAGGCUUUGAAUGAGAUUUAUGUUGAGGAGGAAGACUAUGAAAGAUUGCGCGAAUCAAUUGAUUUGCAUGAUAGCUUUGACCAAAUAGGCCUCGCUCAAAAGAUUGAGAAACAUGAGCUUCUGGAAAUGAGACGCGUUGCUGCUUAUAUUUACAAGAAAGCUGGAAGGUGGAAGCAGUCCAUUGGAUUGUCAAAGAAAGACAAACUUUACAAAGAUGCCAUGGAGACAGCCUCACAAUCUGGUGACCGUGAACUGGCCGAGGAGUUGCUUGUUUACUUCAUUGAACAGGGAAAGAAAGAAUGCUUUGCAUCGUGCCUCUUUGUCUGUUACGAUUUGAUAAGGCCGGACAUUGCCCUUGAACUUGCAUGGAUGAACAACAUGAUCGAUUUUGCUUUCCCAUAUCUGUUACAGUUUAUCCGUGAAUACACUGGCAAAGUUGAUGAACUGGUUAAAGACAAAAUUGAAGCACAAAAGGAGAUCAAGGCUAAAGAACAAGAAGAUAAAGAAGUUAUUGCACAGCAGAACAUGUAUGCUCAGUUGCUGCCUCUUGCUUUGCCUGCACCACCAAUCCCUGGUAUGAGCGGGGGUAUGGGAGGAGGGUAUGCUCCACCGCCACCUAUGGGAGGAAUGCCACCGAUGGGCAUGCCGCCUUAUGGCAUGCCACCAAUGGGCAGCAGCUACUGAGGCAUGUUGAACUAUCCCUUCGGAGUUCGAUGUUUGAUUUUGAUGUUUUAGUCAGUAGGGCAACCUAUUUGAUAGAACUUACCAUUUAGUGUAAUUUUAUGAGGUUCACGAGCCCGUCACAUGGUUUUAUUUUGUUCUUCUGUUGUUUUAUUAUGGGUUGGAAAGGGUGCAGCUUAAAUAAUUGUGUCAUAGGUUGUGUGGAUAUGUUCUGUUGUCUUGUAAUAUUCUUUUGUAGCAGAGGCAUUUUUGUUUUGGCUGGUGGUUGAGGGCGAGCUUAGAAUUUUCUCCUCUGUAUUAUUUGUUCUGGUUUUUCGAACCUGCCCGAGUCCGAGUAUAAUACAAAACAGUACACUCAUCAUUUUGGUAUUGUGCUUUUGUUCCA